GAGAUCGGUUGUCAAAAAUAUUAUGUGAUAUUAAUAUAAUGUCUUCUUAAGUCUAAGAUUUUAUUUAACGUGACGUCAGUUCUUUUAAUAAGUUAUACGUGUAUAUACAAAAUGGACAAAGAUAUGUAUUAUUAUUCAGACGCGAUAUUUCAACUGGAGAUAAAUCUUCAUAACGUCAGAAAAGAAUUGAUAUCAAUGCUCGAUUACUUCGAACAAGCAGACUGCUUGGAGUGUUAUCAACUAAAAUGCAAAUGCAUAAAUGAAACCAAAUCUGAAAGCGGAAAAAGCGAUGCAAUUUUAAUUGAUUCCAUCGAUAAGGAAGAAACAAAAGCGCCUCCAGCUGCUUCGUUACCAAAACCGAAAUUCGAUGUACCGAGCGACGAAGAGAGUCCCGGGCCUUCGACACCAGAGAAAGUAACACAAGAUAUAGAAGCUUGGAUUGAUGCGUCGAAGAAGGUCGAAGAUGGUGAAGAACACGUGAUCGUUAAAGAGACACCUCUACUCUCCUUAACCGAAAAUCUCCUUCUAGUCGAUAAGCAGAAGAAACCACAAGUGGCAAUCAAUUACGUCAGCAACGGAAGUGUGGUCGAGGCAUUUUUCAAAUAUUUCAAAGUACCAUCGAACACCGCUGUGACUUACGUGUCUGCGAAGUUAGCAGCGGCUUGCAGCAACUCCGUUAAACAAAAUUACACGUACUUUUAAUGUAGCCGCUAGGAGCGGUCCCUCACUCUCGUUUGUCUGUUAUGUAAUAGUUUAGAAUCGAGCAUAUAAUAAGUGAGUGAGAAAACCCGAGCAUUACAGCGUAACCUGUAAUGUUACAUUUUUACAUUACAUUACAUUACAGGCUCGUCAGUACGUCAGACAGAACUGUAACGUAAUGCUCAAGAUCGAUUAUAGAUUGUUACAGAACAGACAGCUUGAGGGACCGCACUAAUCAUCAAUGAACUAUUCGAUUUUUUAAUAUCCUUUAAUUUUAAGUAUUUUAAUAAUUAAUUUUUAAUUUAAUUAAAAGCAAUCAGAAUUAUCAAUAUUAUACGUAUAUGCAACGAAUAUUUGCAGACAGAUAUGUUAUUUUUAAGUACUACAAAUGUAGUGAUCAAUUGUAACAAUUAUUUUACUAAUGCUAUUUAUAAUACAUCAAUAAAUCUUGACUUUGGUUAGUAACAUUUUGAGUUAUUUAAUUGACUCAAAAAUCUUCGAUACGUAACGAAGUAUUGUUACUGUUUAAGAGGACUUUUUUUAAUGAAUUUGACUAACAUUUCUGCGAUAAAUAUUAUAAAGGGAAAGAGAAAAUGUAAAUUCAAAUAUAUUUAUUGCAAUAUUGAGAAGUAACGAAUUCAAUUAAGUAUAGUUUAAGUCGAUACAGUACUGUUUUACUUUCAAAGUAAAAGUUUAAUACUUAUAAAUAUACAAAUAUAC